AAAUGAAACGGAAACAAAACGACAGCGAAUCUUCCUCAACUUCUCAACAUCCUCAAGGUAAAACAACAAAAAAGGCAGAGAUUGUAGACUUUGAUGAAGCUUUUGGACUUCUUGAAGAUCCAUUGGAGGAUAUUGUGACAGAAACAUUACAACCUGAGGUCCCCCAACCUUCCGACAUCCAAAUUCAAUCACCACUAGAACAACAACCAACAUCUGUUCAUUCAAUCGAAGAGGAAAAAUCGGCAAAAAAGGACGACGUCGACAACGCGGAAAAAUGUGAAGAAAUAUUGAAGCAAUUGAUGCCGUCGACAAGUAAACAAAGAAAAAGUUUGGAAGAGGAAGAUGAUUUGUUGCCUCCUAAAAAGAUUAAUGAAGAGGAUGAACUGGCAAGGCUUAAAUUGCAAAUCCUUCUCGCCAAUUUUACCCAAGAACAGCUUGAACGUUAUGAAACGAUGAGACGUGCCAGUUUUCCCAAAUCGGCAAUUCGACGGUUGAUUAGCCAAUUUGCUGGUGUUUCUGUUGGACAAAACGUGGUCAUUGCGAUUGCGGGUAUGGCGAAGGUGUUCACUGGAGAGUUGAUUGAAGAAGGUUAUUUUUAUUUUUUUCUGAUUUUUUUGGUCCCACCAAUCUCAUCGAACCUUUCAAGUGGGUCAUUGAAAGGGUCUUUGAGUUCCGCCAGUCUCUCAAUGAACUUUUCCGGCUUGACAUUUAUUCUUCCUUAUGCCUGCCUCUGACCUUCCAACGAAGCUAAAACAAACGGGACAUGGUUUUUCGGGUUUCCUUGGAGUAAUGGGCUUUUUAUUGUCUACUGGGUUCCGCCAGUCUUGGUGAACUUUUUUUAGACAAAAUAGAAUAG